CCUCCUCCUCCUGCGCGACUCUUCGUGACAACGCUCACGUUUGCACGCCGCGUCAUGUCGCACUCAUAUGCACUUAUCUCUUUUCUCUCCAAGGCCGAUGCUUGCACAUGCCGUCUUGUCUUGCACACAGUCGACGACCUCGCCAAAACUGUAGGCUUUUCGCGAAUCACCAUUACGCUGGGAACAGAUAUUCCCCCUUGGUGGGUAGAGAAGAAGGGGCCAUUUGAAGAAGAAAAUGCCAUGGUCCAGCCUGCGACAUGUCACGACGAUGCCACAACAUCAAGCAUGUUGGAUCGUAUAAUCGCUGACUUGUCCUUCGCCGUCAUCAUCCAACAUUUGCGAGUUCGUUGCUUCCACGAACAUGCCACGGGUACCUUCAAGGCACAGAUGGGUGAGUUACCAGUCCACUCGUGCUGCUCGAUGGCUAUGGAACCGUAUUAUCCACGAUUGCUCACGACAUCAUGGUUUCGUAGAGCAUCUUGCUCAGGCAAUACGCCGUCUCAAUCGGCUGCAAUCUUUUGUGUGGGAUGCAGAAUUCUACUUAUACUCCAAGGUGUCUCAUCCUUCCGAGAUGGUCCUCCGUCCUCUCGAUGCAUGUUGCCCAUCAUUGCGUGCGCUUACCCUCCCACCUUCAUCUCUUUGCACCGUUCCUCAUGCAGUCCUGAGCCGGAUCUACCACAUCGCUGCCGCGUGAAUGCAAAUUAGCAUCUCAGUGGAUGCCUCACAGUGAGCAUGGGGAAGGGAGUCCCAUUGUUCUGUCUCGCGGUCACCAUGAGCGUUCAUGUGGGGGCUCAGGACAUGUCAUCAUAAUCUACCUGUAGUUUGUAUGACUCUAUCCCCGUUACGAAUCACUCGCCACAGCCUGAGAUUCUCCUCAGUCUUUUGAUUCUUCGGGAUUUAUGAACGUUCCGCUCCGGUGUACGACGUCUACAUAGUUGCCACAGCUGCUGUGAUUUUAGAGCCACUCGACCCGCUGCGAUGUUAGCCUGGAUGGGUUGUCCAUGCUUUGGUUCGGAUUCCAGAGGCCAACGAACAUGGUUCCAGUCAUGUUGCCG